CUAUUAACACCAUAGAAAACAGGACACACCUACCGACAAGAAAAUUUACAGUCCUGGCACAGAGCUAAAUCCUACACUUAAAACGGAAACAUCCAUCAUAUUGAUGAAAUUAUGCUGAGUGUUUGGACCCUGCUAGCAGCUGCUAUUUGUGCAGUGCCAGUUUCAGCAAUAUCUCAAAGGGAUCUAAUCCAUGGCCGUCAGUUACUUCUGGAUCUUCCUGAAAGGACAGCAAGUUUGGAUUUUACCUCUGCUGAUGAGAGAGAUAAGUUUACAAUCUGGGAACACCGCGGCCUCUCGCUCAGUAAACCCAGUAAAGGCCAAGUAAACAAUGCUAGUAAUGGCUGGUCUUUCAUAAUCAGACAUGUUACGUUUGACGACGAGGGAACCUACACCCUGCGCAAUCACUUUGGUGCAACCAUCUCCAGUUAUACAGUGAAGGUCAACACCAACAGGGAAAUCAUUGAGCGUGUAGCAGGUGAAAAACUAAGUAUACCACUGCUAGGACUCAGGCAGAGUGAUGCCACGCUUCGUUUUUACGGCAAUUAUUCAUCUGUCAUCCUGGUGGAGAAUGGAGUUCCAGUGGGCAAGGAGAAACCAGACUAUAUUAACCGUCUUAAAGUGACCAGCGAAAUGAUCCAGAUUCUCAAUGUCAAUGUGUCAGAUUUGGGCAGAUACCAGCUCACCGAUAAUAAAGGCAGAACUGUCUCAAACUAUACAAUGCUACUAGUGGAUCAACAUCCACAUAACCCUGGUGUGGGUUUUUUAGCUUUAAUGCUGCUUGGCAUUCCUUGCGGAAUCUGCUUUUGCUGCAGAAAGAGAAUCUGCAAUAGGUGCCGGACCAACAAAUCACAAACAGUGGAGUCCAACAACCUUAAUACUGUACCAGUGUCCAUACCUUGCAGCAACACAGUGAUUGAUCCUGUAGGUCCUAUAGGUCCUGGAGGCCCUGGCCAGGGCUACAUCGCUGGUUAUCCACCUCAUCCAGAUCAGGGACAGAUCAAUUAUCCUCAACCAACAGAGUGGAAUGGACAACCUGCUGUUUCUCCAAACCCUGGCUUUCAACCAGCGUAUGUGCCUCAAAACCCUGUCUAUCCUCCUGACUUUGGAGUUCCCCCUGCUCAGAACUAUACGCCAGGGAUAUACAGCGCUCCUCCUGGGCCUGAAGCCGCAGGGUUUAAGAUGAAUGAACCGUCUCCAAACGCACCACUGCUCACACCUCAACCUGAGUCUCACUAGUCUGCUAUGGCCAGUGUUUCCAUGGAUAUCCUAAACUCUGGUGAUUCUAGUGUCCAGUUUGACAUUAACAAAGGAAAGUCUUCUGGCAGCAACUUCCUUUAGAUCCUCCAAAAUCCUGAAUUAUCACUGUGAGGGAAACAAACACUUAGCUGUUGAUUAAUUCAUACAAACCCAAGCCUUUAAAAAUAAAGGUGCUCUAAGCGAUGUCGGGUGACCUCACUUCUUGUGGACGUUUAAAGUAUUGUCAAACAAAAUGGAGGCUAGCUAGACCCUCCCUCCUCCUCAUCCGUGCACUAACCCCCUAAACCCUAGCGGAUAGUGAGAUGUUUGCUGUAUGUGACAAAAAAUGUCUUUGCCUAAAAAACAUGUGACAUUGCUUAGAGCACUUUUAAUUGGAAAGAAGCUAUUUAAUGAAACCAGUGAUAUAUAUUUUACUGUUAGAAAGCUACCACCAUAUUGUUAGCCAAAUGGUUUUAAUAUUAUACUCAUGCUACAGGGACAAAACUAUGAGGAUUUUCCUUCUAAAUGGGCUUCCAACGACACCAAUUGCUGAAAGUUGGGGAUAUUGAAGCAGCAAUGCAAUAUCCAUAGACAAAUACUAGCCAAAAUCUGCCUGACUAGAAAAUAAAAAAAGAUUUUUUUUUUUGUGUAUGUGUGUCUAUAUAAUGGAAGUUAAUGGGCAGUUGGACAUAAAUACUGUUUGGUUUCCAUCAUUCUUCAAAAUAUCUUAGGGUUCCACAGAGGAAAGGACUGCAUACAGGUUUGAAAUGAUAUGAGGGAGAGUAAAUGAUGACUAAUUUUUUUUGUUUUGGGUAAACUAUCCCUUGAAGACACUAAGCUACCAUUUUAACUUUAUUCAUACAAGUCAGCCUUUAAAAAGCCAUGUUCUACACUUUUGUGUAGAACUAAAUAGAAUAAGCCAUUACCAUGAUUUAGUAUGUUUUUGUACAGGUUUCCCUCUGCCCGACAAUGUAUAUUUUCAUUCUUAUCAUUUUUGCCAACUUUUGCUUUGUAUAUCCUUACCCCUGCCUCUUGAAAGUCAUCUAGUAAUACAAAAAAAAAAAUAAUAAAAAAAAUAAAAAAACCGAACAAACAAAAAAAGGUCUUGUGUAACUAAAAUAUAGACCCCAGGAAUUAGCCACAUGUGCACAUUAGCCUCAUUACAUAAGGUAUAUGUGUGUAUGUAUAUAUAUAUAUAUAUAUAUAUAUAUAUAUAUAUAUAUAGUAUAUACACACAAUUAAUUUAACACAUGUACACAUUACUAUUUAAUAUGCAUGUAAGUGAAUUCUCAUUCAACUCUCUCAGAGAUUUUUCUCAACUAACACGAAUAGCCUUCGUGGGCAUUUUCAAAGUGCCUUUACCUGGAAUUAAACAACUGCCUCAAACCAGGAAUUAAACAACAACUGCCUCAAACCUAAAAAAAAAAAAAAAAAAAAACCCAAUUAUACUUGAGUCUUGAAUAUAUGCAUUAAAUGUUAUAGUGAUGUAGUUAUAGUAAACAUUGUACUUGCUUAAUUUUAAAUGGCCUUAAAUGGAUAAAGAAAUAUAAAAAGGCUUAUCAUUGUUCUGAAAUAAAAUUGUUAUCAAUUUCUGCCAAUAUGACUGUAUUUCUUACUGUUUAUAUUGCACAUUCAUUCUACAUGUUCUCUUUAUCUGUAUUUGUUCUCUAGAGCCAACUGGCAAUGCCUUAUCCUUGUUAUAUGUUGCAUUAUUGGUUAUGCUUGCAUUAAUGUUAUGCUUUAAACUAUAAUAAUGACAAUAAACGUGACUAUCGUAUACA